CUGAUCGAUGGGAAGACCCAGUAAUAGAAGGUUAUUUGGCGGCAAUCUUAGACCCUAAAUUUAAAAAUCUAGAAUUUGCUUUAGAAAAAUUCGAAGCAACAAAAAAAUCUCUCAAACAAAAAAUAAAAAUGUUGCUAGAUGAGGACGAAUAUUUAAAUAAUCAGCCAAUAGCAAAACAAACUUCAAACUUAGCUUCCUUUUUUAAUAGUACUACUAGUACCAAAAAAUCCUCUCCAAUUGAUGUAGAAUUAAAAACAUAUUUCGACCUGCUUCAAAUGACAUUAUACGAUCCUGAUAGUUCAGAGUAUAAAACUGAAAAUCCACUUUCCUGA